CGCAUGAGCUUCAUCAGGAUCGUGUAGGAUUUCUAACGCCAAAAGAGUCUAAGUUUACUGUUAAAAGUCAAUAAAUUUUGAAAUAGAUUCUAAAGAUUACAGUUACUCUAAACAUUAGUUAUCAUGAAAAUUUGGAGUUCAGAACACGUUUUUCACCAUCCGUGGGAGACGGUUGCUAAGGCGGCAUGGAGGAAGUACCCAAAUCCAAUGAAUAACAGUGUAGUAGGGGUUGAUGUUGCCGAGAGGAGGGUAGAACCAUCAGGGAAACUAUACAGUCAUAGAAUACUCACAACCAAAUGGGGCUUACCCGGCUGGGUAAUCAGAUUUCUAGGUAUGAAUCCAACCUGUUUUGUAAGUGAACACUCCUUAGUAGAUGCCAAAGAAAGAACACUUCUUCUCAAGUCUAAAAAUGUAACCCUAAAUAGCUACGUGUCCAUAGAUGAAGAACUUGUGUAUAAACCUCAUCCAACGAUAUCAAACGCAACAUUACUAACGCAAGAAGCUGUAGUCACUGUUAAUGGUUUUGGUCUCGCUAAUCAUCUAGAAGGACUGGUCACCAAGACAAUAUCAUCCAAAUCUGCCUCGGGUCGGGAAGCAAUGGAAUGGGUCAUCCAGACGAUCAACCAAGAAAUGAAGGACUUAGCUUCUCAGGUUAACAAGAGCAUGGAGGAUAUAAAACACAGUAUGGAGACACUCAACUACGAGUAAAACCUGUACAGAGCAAGGUUACGGAUAAUUGUAUUUAACACAGUAUCGAAGCUCAUGAGCACGGAGGAUAUAAAACACAGUAUCAAAGCUCAAGAGCAUGGAAGAUAUAAAAACACUCAACUACGAGUAAAUAACCCUGCGGAGCAAGAACAUGGAGAACUGUAAAACACAGCAGGCCUGUAUCCUUCGUUUAUCAAAGGUCAAGGGCAACAAGACAUUUUCUCCUUGGUAAAGGGCACCCUAUUACAAAUUUGUAAAUUUCUUCUGGAGCAUUUCAAGGGCACCAAGGCAACGACCAUGGGGCACGGAGGCAAUCGCCUUUGUUGCCUCCGUGAAGUAGCAGGCCUGCACAGUAUCGGAGCUCAUGAGCAUGGAGAAUUGUAAAACACAGUAUGGAGACACUCAACUAUGAGUAAAUAACCCGGACGGAGCAAGAGCAUGGAGGAAAUAAAACAGAGUAAUGAGUCACUCAACUUCCAGUAAAGCACCCGGAGAUCACCCUUGUCUAAAGAAGAACAUCUCACAUGUAAUUUCUCAGGUUUUUUCAUGAUUUCAGGGUUUGAUUUUAUAAAUCCUUGAGCCUUUUUGAAAGAAGGAAAGCAGUUACCACAGAGAGAAAGAAAUUGUCUACAUUGUGACCAAACCUGUUGUUUUGUAUUUCUGGAGAUGCACAGAAUCUGUAAACCUCUUAAAAUGUUUAAAGCCAUUAUACACUUUCGGUAAACAGUAUUGUCCAAGUCCCACACUUUGUGUAUCACAACUUAUAUA